AUGCCCAAAAUCCAACUGACACAACAAAUUCUAAUGGCCACAUUUACUGUUACCCCGGUAAAAGUUGAUAUACUUAAUGAAAAUACCAAUUCCAGGUCGAAACCAAGACCCCGGUCUUUGGACCUUCUUGAUGUGGAUGUGGAACCUACAGAGACCCUCACACAGUCCAGUAUUACUCAGUUGCUGUCUUCAAAACUGAAGGAAGUUGGCAACAGAAUCAAGGAAUACAGCAUUCCACAGAAUUCUCUUCAUUAUCGUAAACGAAUUGUUUCCAAGUGGGAGGCAUUAAAUUAUGACACGUGGGAGAAUGAAAUUUCCAUGGCAGAAAGUGAAGCUAAGUCGAAGAAAGAAGUACGCAAAACCUGGCUGAGUCGUUACUUUGUAAUGUUGAUGACCGGAAUAGCGACCGCUCUGGUUGCUUUGCUCAUCCAAUUAGCAGUGGAAUAUGGUGCCUAUUACAAGUUUAAAUUAAUUAAACACUUCAUCGACAAAUGUGUUGAAGAUAAGUGCCUGUACACGCCAGCCUUGGUAUGGAUUGGUUUUAAUGCGAUCAUCUCAAUUAUAGCAUCGGCGUUGGUCACAUAUCUUGCACCUCAAGCAGCUGGCAGUGGAAUUCCUCUGAUAAAAGCAUAUUUGAAUGGGGUGAAGAUACCUGGAUUAUUGAGACUUCGCACACUUGUGGCAAAAGCAGUGGGAGUCAUUCUAUCCCUACUAGGGGGUUUGUUAUGUGGAAAGGAAGGUCCUAUGGUUCAUUCCGGUUCUAUCGUGGCGGCAGGUUUUGGAAGAGGACGUCUUCCGUUUUGUGGCAAAGACUGCCUGUUAUUUGAAGAAUUACGAUCGGAUCAUGAAGUCAGGGAUCUGGUAUCUGGUGGCGCAGCUGCAGGCGUCUCGGCUGCAUUCGGUGCACCAGUUGGUGGCACCUUGUUCAGUGUAGAAGAAGCGGCAAGUUUUUGGAGCAAUGAACUUACUUGGAGAGUGGUCUUUGCAGCAAUGACGGCCACCUUUUUCACCAAUCUCUUCCUGAGCGCCGCUGUCGGACAUUUUACUCAGCUUUCAUCGCCUGGUUUAGUUCGAUUUGAUAUCUUUCAGGAAGACAUGGCCUUUGACCUCGUAGAGUUUCCAAUAUUUGUACUGAUGGGAAUCGUAGGUGGAUUGGUCGGUGCCUUGUUUGUUAUCAUAAACUACAAACUUACAGUGUUCCGAUAUCGGUAUAUUCGUAGGAAAUGGAUGAUGGUUGCCGAGACUGCUCUGGUUGCUAUGGCGACGGCAGGUGUUGGUUUCGUCUUCAUCUACACCAUUAACGACUGCACUGACAUAGAGCCUUACGACCACCACCAUGCCAUUGUGGCGAAGGUAUUUUGCAAGGGAGAUAACCAACAUAACUCACUUACCUCAUUAUUCCUAACAACACCAGAAUCUACAUUAAAAGGCCUGCUGCAUGACAAAAUAGGUUCCUACAAAGUGACCACAUUACUUAUAUUUUUGGUUCUGUAUUUUCUACUCUCUGUCUGGACAUAUGGCCUGAGCAUCUCCAGUGGGGUCUUCAUCCCUUCCCUGACAAUAGGGGCCAUCUGGGGACGGCUGCUUGGCUAUGGAUGCAUGGAGAUUUUCCCACAUUUGAAAAACAAUUUGGGCAAAUACGCCCUCCUCGGGGCCGCAUCUCAACUCGGUGGGAUUGUGCGCACCACUAUCAGCAUAAUGGUAAUUCUGGUUGAAUGCACCGGUGACAUAACCCUUGGACUGCCCCUCAUGAUGGUCCUUAUCAUAUCCAAAUGGGUCGGAGACUUUUUCUCAACGGGUCUGUAUGAGAUGAACAUCCAUGUUGCUGGUAUACCGAUGCUCCCCUCGGAACCCCCGCCAAUGUUUGAAGAUGUCAAAGCAAGCGACAUCAUGAGCAAGCCAGUGGUUUGUGUUCCAACCAUUUGUUCGGUGGGUAAAAUUGUGGAUCUCCUCAAAGUGGAAACUUCCUGUGGAUUCCCAGUGGUGGAAGCGGAAAACGAUUCAGACACGGGUAGUCUGGAGACUUAUGGUAAACUAAAAGGACUAAUUCUCAAGUCUCAAUUGAUGGUACUCCUGAAUUUUAGGAUAUUUGCACCAGAUGGAGCAGUACAGCCAAGAUGUUUACGAAGUGCCAAAUUCCGGAUUUCUACAGUGCACAGUAUAAGAUAUCGGUAUGUGUGGUCAUCUUCCUCCUCCUCCUCAUCCUCUCAUCUCUUGGCAAAAGCUGCUCACCUCACCUCCCCUCCUAGCCACAUGCUUUAUGGUCUUGCUCACUGA